UAAUGCCUAUCGGGAAAUGACGAUUUCUUUCAGUCGCCGGUGCUACAUGUCCCUUCAUUAAUGCAAUAGCAGUGUAGACACGUUUUUUGGAAAUAUUGUUCAAUCUAAGGUGUCUCCAUGGUGAUGAAGUCAUCGGUGGAGGAGGAUGACGCUGGCUGGGGCCUGGGCGUGCCGGAGAAGAUGAGAAGCAAUGCACACUGGGUGGAUAUUACCCAGGACUUUAAAGCAGCCUGCAGAGAGCUAAACCUCGGAGAGCUGCUCCAUGACAAGAUGUUCGGGCUCUUUGAGGCCAUGUCGGCCAUUGAGAUGAUGGACCCAAAGAUGGAUGCUGGAAUGAUUGGUAACCAAGUGAACCGGAAGGUGCUCAACUUCGAGCAGGCUGUGAGGGAGGGGGCGAUACGUGUACGAGACCUGAGUCUGCCUGAGCUCAUCGGGAUCAUAGACACCUGCUUCUGCUGUCUGAUCACGUGGCUGGAGGGUCAUUCUCUCGCCCAGACCGUCUUCACCUGUCUGUUUGUGCACAACCCUGAGCUGAUCCAGGACCCCGCCCUCAAGGCCUUCUGUCUGGGCCUGCUCAAGCUGUGUGACAUCGCCCGCGACAAGAUCAACAAGGCCGCCGUGUUCGAGGAGGAAGACUUCCAGGCCAUGACCUACGGCUUUAAAAUGGCCAACAACGUGACGGACCUGCGGGUGACAGGUAUGCUGAAGGAUGUAGAGGACGACAUACAGAGAAGAGUUAAGAGUACACGCAGCAGGCAGGGAGAGGAUCGGGAUCCAGAGGUGGAGUUGGAGCAUCAGCAGUGCCUGGCCCUGUUCAGCAGAGUGAAGUUCACACGACUCCUCCUCACUGCACUCAUUGCCUUUACCAAGAAAGAGACCAGUGCAGUGAGUGAGGCUCAGAAGCUGAUGAUUCAAGCCGCUGACCUCCUGUCGGCCAUCCACUCCACCAUUCACCAUGGCAACCAACCCCAUAAUGACACCAGUAAAGGAGAUCACCCGAUCAUGAUGGGAUUUGAGCCACUGGUAAACCAGAGGCUCCUGCCCCCGACGUUCCCUCGCUACGCAAAGAUCAUGAAGAGAGAAGAGAUGGUGGAGUACUUCAGCAAACUGAUCCAUCGCAUCAUCACCGUCUGCAACAUCAUCAACACCACCAACCUGCACUGCAUUCUGGACUUCUUCUGUGAGUUCAGUGAGGCGUCGCCCUGCGUACUCUCCAGGUCCCUUCUGCAGACCACGUUCCUGAUAGACAAUAAGAAAGUGUUUGGGACUCAUCUCAUGCAGGAUCUCAUUAAAGACGCACUCCGAAGCUUCGUCAGUCCGCCCGUCUUGUCCUCAAAAUGCAGUCUGUAUAACAAUCCCCAGGCCAAAGACUACAUCGACUCCUUCCUCACACACUGUUCACGGCCAUUCUGCAGUCUGAUCCAGAUACAUGGACACAACCGCGCUCGACAGAGAGACAAGCUGGGACACAUACUGGAGGAGUUUGCCACUCUUCAAGAUGAGGCAGAGAAGGUAGACGCUGCUCUUCACAGCCUGCUGCUGAAGCUGGAGCCGGGGCGGCAGCACCUGGCCUGUGUGGGCACCUGGGUUCUGUACCACAGCCUGCGCAUCAUGAUCCUCUACCUGCUCAGCGGCUUCGAGCUCGAGCUCUACAGCACACACGAGUACUACUACAUCUACUGGUAUCUGUCUGAGUUCCUGUACGCGUGGCUGAUGUCGACACUGAGCCGGGCAGACAGCUCUCAGAUGGCCGAGGAGAGGAUCCUGGAGGAACAGCAGAAGGGACGCAGCAGCAAGAAGAGCAAGAAGAGCAAGAAGAAGGCUCGUCCUCUAGGGAAAGAAAUUACCAUGAGCCAGGCCUACCAGAACAUGUGUGCUGGCAUGUAUAAGACUAUGAUAGCGCUGGAUAUGGACGGGAAGGUGGGGAAACCUCAGUUUGAGCUGGACAGCGAACAGGUGCGCUACGAGCAUCGCUUCGCUCCCUUCAACAGCGUAGUCACGCCGCCACCUGUCCACUACAUCCAGUUUAAGGAGAUGUCUGACUUGAAGAAGUACAGUCCCCCCCCACAGUCGGCAGACCUCUAUAUGGCGGCCAGCAAACACUUCCAGCAGGCCAAACUCAUCUUGGAGAACAUCGCCUGCCCUGACGAUGAGGUCAAUCGGAUUCUCAAAGUUGCCAAACCCAACAUUGUGGUGAUGAAGCUGCUAGCAGGAGGACACAAAAGAGAGACCAAGGCAUUACCAGAGUUCGAUUUCUCCGCACACAAAUAUUUCCCUGUGGUGAAGAUUAUCUGAGGCCUCUCCAAUGUGUGUGUGUGUGUGUGCACGCGCACACACCUCUGCUGAAUGGACAAACCCUACGCUGGAACUCAGAACCCCCCGAAGCUCGUUUAUUCUCCCCAGCACUCCGAACAAUAACAUCACUUCAUCUUUCAAAAAUACACAAAAACAUACAUACAUACAUACAUACAUACAUACAUACAUCUUACAGUCAUCCCAGCUGCCUGAGCAAUGUCAUACCGAAGUGUUUCAAUAUUGAUUAAAAGACUUGAUAAUUAAUAUAAAAA